AUGAUGGGCGUGGACUUGGGGAUCUUCUUGUCGAUGGGCUUGCCCAUGCGCAGGCGCAGGUACAGCGGCGGGUCUUCACAGGAGCGCGCUGGCCUCGGGAUCAGCUCUGCAACACGCACACUGACUUGCAACAAUACUGAAUCUCGACUAUCAGAUUCUGGAUUUGACUCCAAGCUAAAUGAUACAGAUGAAGUUUUCUUGCGAGCACUGUCACCUGUGCUGGGAGCUUCCAAAGAUGAGGCUAGUGUUGCAGUUCAGCGGCGCCGCACCGGCCCCCGCCCCGGGUUGCUGCUGCUGCUGCUGCUGCUGGUGAUUGUGGUGGUGGCCGUUGCUCUUGUCGAGGCUGAGCUGCGGCCAGUGGUGGUCCAGGGUAGAGCGCCGGCGCUCGAGGAGAAGGUCGCUGGGUGGCGCCGGCGAGGGGCACGAGUCCAACGACACCUGCACCACGCGGAGCGGUUAGGGAGGGGAGGCCGCGAGCGGGGGGAGAAGAGAAAAAGUCACGAGAGAAGGGCGGCAGCGGCGGCGACCACGACGCCGCCUCCCGCGGCAGCGGCAACAGCAGCAACAGAGGAGGACGGGCGCGGGGGCGCGCCGGGCGUGGGCGUGACGCGGUCGCGAUCGAACGCCUUGGGGAAGGCGUCGCCGUCGCGCGACGACCCGGCCGACGAAGCCAGCUCGCCGUCCUCGCCGUCGCCCUCGUCGUCCCCGUCGCCCGCCGCGUGCGCCGCCUGCAGCUCCGGGAACGUCUCGUCCUUGGGCAGCAGCGAGUCCUUGCCCGGCGAGCGCGCGCGCGCCGGGUGGUACACCUCCGGCCGCGGGCCGGCGUUGGCCACGCUGCCGGCGCCGCUCGCCCUGCGAAGAGCACCAUUCGUCGCGAGGGAGAGCAACAUCAGUGACAAUGAAUCAAAGCGAUCUAAGGAACUCAGUUGUAAGUCCUGGUGUAACCGGAAGAGGCUAGAGGCUCACCUAUCCGCGCUGGAGACCCGCAUGUGGGCGAUGUCGUGGUAG